UGAUGCGCAACCAGAAAGCCGAUCCAGACCGCGAAUGCAAUGUGCUCCACACAGCAAAUCCAGUCUAUUUCAAUUUAAAUUAUUUUAACUGUGCAGAACUAGUAGCCUACAAAGGUCUUUGUCUAUUUGUAUUAUAAGACUCAUACAUUUCUUACCAUCUAGCAAGCAUCGUAGGAUUUCUGAAAAAAAUGAGACAUAGGUGGACAAGUACAUUUUCCUGACUGGACAGCAUUUGAGUGGGUGCAGGGAGCAUCAUUUCCCCGUCUCCAGUCCGUGAGUAGGACGUUCUUCCAGGACUCUCAUCAGUAGCCUAACACUUCGAUUCAGAUUUGAAGUACAUAGGUUAUUCUAUCUCCAUCGUUGAUUAUGGCAUGGCCGUGCAUCACACGGGCUUGCUGCAUUAACCGCUUCUGGAGUGAAUUAGACAAAGCGGACAUCGCCGUGCCUCUGGUUUUCACGAAAUAUUCGGAUGUGGCCGAGGUGCAACACCUCCACCCCCAGCCUCCAUCUAGACAGAAGAGGACCGGACCUAUCACCAUAGAAACCCAACCUUCUCACAGUGAACCGGGGGCGGUGGCGGCCAAGGCACCGCCCGCGACUGGUGCCGCAUCAGGAAAACAUGGCUGUAGUGCGUCUGUGAUGCGCCAGGAUUUCAGGGAAUGGAAAGAUAUACGCCCGGAGCCCAGCUACAAACCCAAGAAUGAAUAUCACCCCUCGGCGACUCCUUUCAACAACGUAACCCAGUAUCAGAAGGAUUAUAAACCAUGGCCUGUCCCGAAAAAGGGAGACCACCCCUGGAUCCCCAAACCCAGCCCCACUGCCUCCUCCGGUGCCCAAGAAGGAGGCGUUGGGACCAAAUUGGAGCAUGCAGCCACAGAGCCCGAGAGCGGUGUGGAGAAGAGUGAAAUUGAAGAAAAGGUGCAAGAGAAAGAAUCCAUAGAGAGGAAAAAGAAACCAAUGAAGGAGAAGAGUGUAGAGAAGAAAGUGAGUGCCAAAACGGAGGGACAGCCACCAGCAGGUGGCACUGUGGAGGGGAAAGGAAGGGCAGCAGCAGACGCGCUGAACAGACAGAUAAAACAGGUCGUCUCAACUGGCACUGGCAGCUCUUAUAGGAAUGAGUUCAAGGCAUACAAAGAUGUGAAGCCAGUGAAGUUAACCAAGCCCCAGUCUCAGUACAAACCUCCUCUGGAUGAGAAGGACAAGACCAGCCUGGAGACCAGCUACAGCGCCACCUACAAGGGGGAGCAGACCAAGGUGCAGCCCACUGACAACAAGUUGCUGGAGCGCAGGAGGAUACGCAGCCUGUACAACGAGCCGGGCGGCAAGGAGACCACCAAGGUGGACAAGACAAAAACCAAACCAAAAAAGACACCAACAACAACGAGCAAAAUGGUGAAAAAGGUGAAAGAGAAGACCAUCGCUGGUGCACUGUCAACCAAGAAGAAAACCUCCACGAGCACCAAACCAGACGAGUCCAAGCCAGGAGGAGUUAUCUCAAAGAAGAGCAAAGAGAUAAGCAAUAGACUGGCUGAGGCAAAAAAGUAAAAACAAAACAUCUCUGCACUACUUAAUUUGGGGAAUUAAAGGCUGCCUAAAGAAUUAGAGAACUCUCAUCCAUUUGGUCUAUCUCUUUCUCUUUGUCUUUUCCUUCAUGUUCCUCAUCUCUGUGUAUACAUACUAGAUGUGGAGCUUUUAAGUUGACAGUUUGACAUCUUCACCAUGCCCUCCUUUAACUAUAAUGCUUUGUUUGUGUGUGUGUGUGUGUGUGUGUGUGUGUGUGUGUGUGUGUGUGUGUGUGUGUGUGUGUGUGUGUGUGUGUGUGUGUGCGUGCGUGCGUGCGUGCGCGUGCGUGUGCGUGUGUGCGUGCGUGUGUGUUUGCGUGCGUGUGUGUGUGUUUGCAUGCGCGUGUGUGCACUUCCUCUCUGUUAAAACUCAGCACCUUUUUUGCACAUUAUUUUGUUGCAUUUGUCAAACCUUUGUAGAAAGAAUGAUUAACCAUUCUAAAACAGAGAGACAUUGAUACACAGUGUGUGGCUCUUAAACGGCUGUUGAAGGCAGUGAGAGGUUUAGCUUUUUUUUCUGACUACCUAUCAUCAUAGUGAUGAUGGAUUCUCUAUGGUUCUUCUUUUCCAUCUCUUAGACGGCAUUGACUAUGUGGUCUCUGCAGAUAUAAAAUCUUAACUACUGUAGCGUUUCCUGGUUACAGUGACUGCGCUCUUUUGACCAAGAUUUAACAUCAUUUAAUAUUUCAUCAUAUUCGGGAGGAUAUCUGGUUUCAUAAAUUUGGUUGCUAAGAAACCAAUUGAACUGUAAUGUAAUUGCUACAACUUGCAUGCAAGGCCCUAUUUGUGGUCCCAAACUAGCUUGUAAUUGAAAUCAUUCAUGAUAAAUCAAAUGGAGGCAAACCAUUUCCAGAAUAACUGCAUGUGUAGUCAUAGUCUGAUCUCAUACCAUAAGUGUCUACACAAACAAACAAGAAAACUGUCACUGACUUACAGUACAAAAGAUGCACUUAGUACUCUGGUGCCUAUUGAAACUGUUAUGUCAACCCACCAGCUUUGUAGUUCUGCCUUCACACACAUGGUUCUACUGCCUUCUUCAAUGUGAGAACCACUCUGUCCACUUUCCAGUUAUUUGAUACAGUAUGAAAACUGAUGUAUUUCUGAUAAUAUAACCCUAUUUAAUGAUUCGUCGUUAUUAUAGUCAUUACAAAGCUGUGAUGCUAUUGGUGUGCAAAAACAUGUAUAAUGUAAAAAAUAAGCAUAUGUAUGAUAUAGGACAUAGGAAAACCUACUGUAUUUACUCAAUCACCUCCACUUUCUUCAAUGGGCUCAGUAGUUAGGUGUAGAAAGAUAAGGAGGGGGCCAGGAUAAGAAGAUCAAAACCACUUUUUGGAACAUGCAGCUGUCUGUCUGGAACCAUUGAUAUCACAUCUAUUCACAGUGAGUGCUACUCUGAAAUCAUCUCACCCUGUCUUUCUCAUGUCUGUGCACCUGCAGUCCGCCAGUGUGUUACAGUAUGUGGCAGUCCUCUCAUAUGCUGCUGUGUGUCUGCUACUGUCUAUUGUACCCCCAGACCACCCUGCUCUCUAGUGCCUGUCAGGGUUCAGUGUGUUAGACCUCCGCAACUCGCCGGCUCCUAGAGCCUGCCCCCCCAGUACAGUAACUAACGUGCUGAGCACACCACACCUCGGUGCUAUUACUCUCUCAUCUAUAUGCUGUCAGUUUGAUGCGAAUGUACUCGAACCGUGUGAAAUGAAGACGAUAUGAUGUCAUUUACUGCAGAUGUGUUGUGAUUGUGUGCUUGUAUUCUCAGCUUGCUCUGAAUGAACUAAUUAAAAAUGUUGAAGCAGAAUCUGAAUGUUGUGACCUAUUAUCAUGAUAGAGUAUUAGUUAAUGCACUUGAAGUCUUGAACUGGCCCAUAGACACUCUCUCAGACUCCUUCAGAAGAGGUAGUGGUUUUUAUUACGCUACAUAGACAAAGAGAGAUUGAAAAACCUAUUGGAAAAUGAGGGCACCAAAACUGCCUCUUUUUAUUUUAGUGGACAUUAAAGAUUCAGAGAAAUGAUGUAAGGUCCACUGAAGAUGGUUUGGUUGCUUUGCUAUUUCUCAUUGGGUGGUACAAUAAAGUGUUUGUUAUGGCAGUGGUA